UUUAAAAAAAGGGCUUUAGAUGGGAUUUUAGAUUUUUCGAUUCGCUGUAAUGGGCGAGGGCGACUGUGUGAGUGAAACUCCGAGUUGAUAGAGGAUUAAACUGAGUUUAUUGUUGAUAUGUUUGGGACGUUGAAGCCCUAAUAGUUUGCUCACCUAGCAUUGCCCGUAGCAAUGGCGGCUGAAGCAGCAGAAAACCUCGCGGCCGAGAAUCCCUGCUGUGCAACGUGGAAGAGAAGAUACUCGAAGCUAGAAGAGAAACGGAAUGCCCUACGACAGGCAGUGAAUCUCUUAAACAAGCAGAUUGAUAAGAUUCAAACCGAGAAUCUUAAUCUUAAGAAAGGAUAUGAGGAAGAGAUGGCACAAGCCGAAAAUGAGAAGGAGCAGAAAGAGAAACUGAUGCUUUCAUUAGAGAAUGAGAUUUCUAAACUGAAAUCAGAGAUCUCUUUGUUGCAGCAAAAAGAAGGCUCAAAUUCUCAUGAAAAAGAUGAGGAAUUAAAGCAUCUUAAAGAUUGUGUUUCUGAAAGGGACGAGGAAAUCAGACAACUCAAGGAGUUAUCUCAGAAAGAGAAAAGAAGGGUGGAUGCAGAGAAGAAGAAAGCAGAGGUGGAGAAGAAGAAGGCUGCUGAAGCGCUGAAACAAGUUAAAUCUGAGAAAGGCAAGAUUGAUGAAGAGAGAAGGCUUGCCUGUAUUGAAGUGAAGAAGGCUGAGGAAUAUCGGAUUCAGUUGGAGUCACUGAAGAAAGAGAUUAAUGAGACAAAAUCAAAAUUGAUUUGUGAGACAGUGAGGUUUGAAGAGGCAAGAAAAAAGUCCGAAGCAGAAAAACGCAAUGUGAUGCAAGUUAGAAAACGAGCAGAUUCAGCGAUGGCUGAAGCAGAUAAGCAAAGAAAGUUAGCAGAAGCAAACGAAAAGAAGGCUAGGGAAGAAAAAUCUCGUGUUGAGAAUUUGUCCCAGCAAUUGGACGAGGCUAGACAAAGAAAUGAGGAGCUGCAGAAGGAGAUAGACCAACUUGUGAUGCAUAGACAUACGAGCAAGGCUCCUCAUGACCAACCUGAUAAACGUAGAGAUGUGACUAUUGAAAAUGAAAAAGUAAAGCUUUUGAAUAAACGGCUGAAAUUUGAGAAGUCUCGAGUAAAGCAUGCCAAACAAGUGGCUAAAUUAGAAGAAAGACGUAACAAAAUUCUACAGCAAGAGUUAGGUCACUGGAAGCUGGAGUUUAUUCAUUUUUCUCAACGUCUUUUUGCAUUGGAUAAAUAUUUCUCACCUGGCAAUGAAGGUAUAGAUGGCCUGAAAAAGGCUGGAAACUUUACAGAUAUGCGAGGGCUGAAUUUGAAGGACAAAGUUGUUGGUUUAGAACCAUUUCCAGAGUAUCCUCGAAGUGAAAAUCAACUUUUCAAGCCUAGCAGAAUGGCUGCUUCUGAUCUGCGAAACCUUGAAGAGCCUGGUUCGUUGAUUCCUUCAUCUGGACCAAACUCUAUCAAAUCCAUCUCAGGUAUUGAUUCUAAAUUGGAGUCUCUGCUAGGAGGCUCUAACCAGAAAAUGUUACAGAGUUCUGCAAUAAAUUCCAGUACGACGUCUUUUUUUGAUGGACAGUUGGUGGGCUCACAGGAAAGAGGUGCAACUUCGGUUUCCACAUCUACGAAAUUUUUAGAAGAGAACAUGAAUGCACUGCCAACAGUAUCCAGAAUGCUUGGUGAAGUUACCACAAUGAGAUGUAAUGAUGGUAUGGUGGCUGAAAAUAGUGUAAGGAGCUCAUCUGGCGUUGAUGGUGUUGGAAGUGGUGAUGGGCAUGAUAGGAAGAGGAAGACAUUGCCUGAUACUGUUGAAUCCAUUGAGCCGUUGUACUCUGAGAAUAAGAAGUUGCAGCUGAUAGAAGAGCGGCUGGCUGUUUUGCAUGGUAUGUUAAGAAAACACAUGAAAGAACCUUCGGAAGAAGCAAAGUAUGUUGAAAAGGAGUUGCAAGGUGGUUCAUAUACUGAACGUAACAGAUUAAGCAAGAAGAGGAAGGCAUCUCAUGAGUCUCCUAAACAUUCUUCUGGCAAUGGCCGGCGAAAGAAGAAGGGAAAAACGAAGACUAUAUUUUCUGAAGAUUCCAAUAUUGGAAGACCGGCCGGUAAUCUAAAAGGAAAUGAUGGACCAUGCAGGGAUAAUGUAAUAGAUUCUGUUGCCGGUGACCUUCAAGAAACAGGAAGUUUUGAGGAAAUAGGGGAUUAUCUGAAAUUGCUGGAAUUGGAUGAUGCCACUGCUGAGGAACGUUACCGGAUGGCAAUUGAAAUGCCUUUGUCCCCAACUCUUCCUGAUAUUGAACUACAGGACAUUUCAGCAGUUGAGUCAGGGAAUUUUAAUCCUUUAAUUGAGGAAAGCUUCUGUGGUGGAUUAUCAAAUACGAAGGAAAAUAAGGUUUCUUCUAGUAGCUUUGAUGUGGUAAACAUGGAGAUUAAUUUAAAUAGUUUGAAUCAUGAUGCCCCUGGAACACCUUGUGGUUCAUUGCUGCAGAAAUCUGUUCACAGGGGAGAGAACCAUGCAAAUACAUUUUGUAAGGGUAUGGAAAUGGGUAAGCCAUGCAAUAAACAGACCGGUGACUCUGGGACAGAGGCUGAGAUGUCUACGCUACCUAUUGCUGGAGAUAAGUGGGACAAGUAUAUACUUGAAGACGUUCUUGGAUCUGCAUUUGGAAUUAUUCCUAAACAAUGUGUCAUUUUUUCUGACAUGGACAAUACCAGCAUCUCAAGGAUCUUUUGUGCUGCUAGUGCUUGUAUGGUGCGGUGCUCUUUGGAUACUCAAACAGAGUGGGUGGUGUUGGAGAUUUUGCAUGCUCUUGAGAUGGAAGAAAGACUUUCAUCUAAGGAGAAGGCGUGUGUGUUUGUUUCGCUUUUGCUGCUCAACUUUUCUGUUGCUAUUGUGGAUAAAUCUGGAGAGUUUUGGCACAAGGAUCUCCUCCCUUGCUUAGAUUCGUUGGCUGGCCAAAUGAGGCAAGUUAUGCAGAAUGUUGAGGCAAGAAACUUGUUUAUAAAAUUAUGUUGUUUUCGCGAGGUGCUUCGUCUGAUCAAGGAUUUUCUAAUGGAAGGGAGAGUGGUGGUGUGUACUGAUAUAUCUUCCAAGUCGUUAUUUGAAGGUGAUCCAAGAAUUAAUAAUAUCCUUCUGGAUGGCGUAAAUAUAACAACGUCAUUAGGAGGAGCUUCAGCUCUCCAGUUGGUGGCGGGGAGUAUUGUAUUAGCAUCAAUAUGUGCAGUAGUUGACGACAUAGGAUUUAUUUGUGAAGUUUCAUACAGCCUACUCCAUAUGCAGAGACAUGAUAUGCAAGUUCUACUGACUAUCCUUCACAUUUUUGCUCACCUUGGAGGAGAAAAAAUGUUUACAUUGAAGGCAUACAGCCUAACAACAACCAUUUUGAAAUUGAUAGUCACAUUUCUUGAGAGAGGAAGUCCAUCAGCUGCUCAAGCUUCGUGUUCUGUGUUAUUUACAUGUGGCAGAUGCCCAUUUUAUCAGGACGUUGCUUCUUUAGAUGAUGUUAUAUCCUUGCUCUUGGAGAAGAUAGAAACUUAUGUUCCCCCUGGAGAUGUGCGUCAAGAUAUUAUUGAAUCAGCCAGUUUAUUGAGUUCCAGUUCGCUGCCCCAGGAGAGUAGUGCUAUGGAGAGUUUGAUUUGCGAAGAGGAUCCAUGUGCCCAUGGUGUGAAGUGUGAUCCAUCUUGUUGUUUGAUGAAGUUUGAAAUGCCUGCCUCUCAAUCACAUGCUGUUAUCAAUCAUACCUUCUGUGACAUCAUUGAUGUCCUAUCAUUGGUGGAGCUGCUUGCACGCAACCUGAGCUGGGAAUGGACAUACGAAAAAAUUGCUCUUCGGCUGUUGGAAAUGUUGGAAACGCCUACUCUGGGGACCCUCAAUCUUUCCGUGGUUAUACUACUUGGACAACUUGGGAGGCUUGGAGUUGAUGCUGGUGGAUUUGAAGAUAAAGGAGUCGAUCACUUGAGACGCAAGUUGUCUGCUUUCUUGUCACAGGAACCUAAUAUAGUAGGUCUUCCAAUACAAAUUGCCACUGUGAAUGUUUUGCUCGGGCUUCUCUCUCUUGAGUUUGUGAAAGUUGUUCAGGGUGAACCAAUAAUGUUUACAGCCGUUCCAAAUAAAUCUGCUACAGUGGAUCUUAUACGAAACUGGUUUUGUCGGCUUAGCAAGGAGCAACAGGCCUUGUCAUUGAGCCUCCUAUAACCUGCUGGUACGCUUCAGAAAUGAGACAGAUACUAUGAGGCUAGUUAUAUCAGAGUUUCAACUUGUUAAUGCAAAUUGUUGUUAUCCCAUCAUAUUUGAUUAAUCAGAACUUCUUUGAGGUAUGGGCACAAUUUUGAAACAGCUUAUGGCAGUGCCUUCUGUUGGCCAUUUUUGCCAGAGAGAGUAAAUAUGUAAAUUUUUGUGGGAUGAUUGCUAUUCUGAAUAUCUGAAAAGUCAUCUUUUUUCA